AAACCCGAAGAUCUCAGUACUCUUCGAUUUUUUUUUUUUUACUCUCUCUGUCUUUCUUCACCUUUUUUUUUCUUCUCUCGUUUAUUUAUUUUCGCUCUGCUCGCCCGACUUAACCCGAAAUAACCCCACUAUUUAUACAGAAAAUCGGAGGGAGAAAACAAAACCCCAGCCAUCCGAUUGCCUUCUUUCAAUCCCAGCAAUUCCUGAUCCUAGCCUUGCCGCCCACCUAGGACCCUAGAUUCCUUCCAAUCUGCAAGUUGCUUCCAAUCCGUAAGCUGAAGGGGAUGAACAAGUGGCGUGGCUUGCGGUUGGAAGGUUAUGCUGACUGGGCAAGUGCUGUGCUUGCUUGGACUUACGAUGAUGGCUACUCAAAAGUUGAGGCAUCAGUUGAGAAUAUGUAUGCUUUGAGGGAGGAACUUACAAAGUUGGUGCAGAUCAUCAACACCGGGAAGCUUUCCUCAUUGGUGGUCGCCCAAACCUCCCAAGAACAGACGCAACAACCAAUUUGCACUCAUCAUACCUGUUUCACGGUAAGAUUCCCUGAAAACCAAAAUACUAUUGAUCCUAUAGCUAGUUUGACAAAGUUUGGUAAGGUGGAUUUUCCUAGUUAUGAUGGUAUUGAGAAUUUAGGGGAUGGUUGUAUAAAUGCAAUAGAUUCUUCAAGGCUCGUAAUAUUCUUGAUGAGAAUAAGGUAGAAAUAGCUUCAAUGUACUUGUAUGUUGAUGCUAUUAUUUGGCAUGAAUGCUAUAUGCAAGACAAGAUGCAUUUCCGGAUUGGCGAGAUUAUAUUUUUGACAUGAGUUAUAUUUUGGGAGUGUGAGAUGUAGGACCCAAUUAUUUUGUGGAAAAAUCUUAAUCAAAUUGGUAGUGUGAA